AUUACUUCGCAUUAUUUUAUGCCGUUUACUGCAUAGACUAGGUACGCAGAGCCGUAGCCCUCGUCCCCCUUUUUCCGCGGGGGAUUCGCGUGAGAACGCGUAAGGAUAUAUACGCUGAUACCAGAUGCUGGACACAUCUGGUGACCGCAUCGAAAUGUCGUACUUAGCACCGGGCCUCCUCGGAUGUUUUUAUUUUUUAGUGACUUCUCUCCUCGUGGCCCGACACCCCGUCACCAACACCCGUCACCAACAAUGCGGACACACCGCAUGGGGGAAGGGAUGGGCUACACCAGCCCGCCCUUUCGAAUUGUCAGCAUGUGUCUGGGGUACGGGGAAACAUUUCCUCUGGGAACGCGGGGAAGGCAAUUGAAUCUGGUCAUGGGGAAAUAAGAAAUUUGGAUACGAUCCCAAGGGCGCGGAGCGUAGGUGUUUGCGCAUCCGUAUAUUCCGUUGGCCCCAAAAUACCCUAUGAAUCCAAAUCACUCGUCCGAAUAGAUAAUUAUUAGACAUGGGAUUUUACGC